AUGCCUCGCGAAAUGAAAAAGAGAGGCCGCAGAGGCGAGGAGAAGAAGAGAAAGCUGGAAGAGGAAGAGGAGGCAGUCGACCAAGAAUUUGCGCAACCGAAGCGACAGAGGACCGAAGACGGUGGCGACGAAGCAGCCGACCAGCAGGACUUUGUUGCCCUUGCCCAAGACGGCGCAUACCCCAAUGGCGACUACCAGAACGGCGAGGGUCAGGGCCCGCCUGUUGAGCAGGUCUUCUUUGGUAUGCUGGACGAGGAAGAGCAGGAAUACUUCAAGCGUGCCGACGAGAUGCUCGAGAUGAACAACUUUGCCGAUGCUGAAGAGAGAUCGCUGUUCCUGGCCAACGUCUACCGCGAAGCCAAUGGCAAGGAGCUCAAGAUUGCCAAUAGCCAGUCGUGCUCGAGACUGAUGGAGAGGCUGAUCCAAUUGUCGACACCGGCCCAACUCAAGACGCUGUUUCAAAAGUUCAGCGGCAACUUCAUGCACCUGUUCCAACAUCGCUUCGCCUCGCACUGUUGCGAGAAGCUCUUCAUUCAAGCCGCCCCCGCCGUCACUGACGAACUCCUCCACCCUUCCAAGCACCAAGAUCAGACAACCGACGACGGCGAUGUCUACGUCAGCAUGGAGAACCUCUUCCUCUUCACCCUCGGAGAGAUGGAAGGCAACGUCGGCUUCCUCAUGACCGAUCGCUUCGCCUCGCACACCCUCCGCGUCCUGCUCCUUGUAUUGGCCGGCGAACCUCUCUCGGACUCAACCAACAAGUCCUUGAUGCAAAGCAAGAAGAAGGAGCACGUCACCGUCAACGGCAGUACCAACGACAAGGAGGAUGCUACUUCCAAAGACAAAGAAGACAAACGUCCCGUCCCCAAGUCCUUCACAGAAGCCCUCGAGAAACUCAUGACGGCCAGUGUUUCUGGACUCGACACAACCAGCCUUCGCGCACUCGCCACACAUCAACUUGGAAACCCUGCUCUGCAACUUCUCAUCAGACUCGAGCUCACCCAAUUCGGCAAGUCCAAAGCAAAGGACGAGAACUCCAUCUUCCGCACUCUCCUCCCCGACGACCCAAUCACGCCAGAGUGCGAUAGCGCUUCUUUCAUCAAUGGCCUCCUCUUCGAUCCCAUCGGUUCUCAUCUUAUCGAGUGCAUUGUCGAACACGCCCCCGGAAAGAUGUUCAAGAGUCUGUACAGAGGUCUGUUGAAGGACCGUAUGGCAUCACUAGCUCGCAACGAGAUUGCUUGCUACGUUGCCUGCAAAGUCCUCGAGAGAUUGAGCAAGGACGAUCUCCUGGAAGCACACGAGCAAAUCUGCCCGCAGAUCCCCAGUCUGCUGGAGCGCAACCGCUUCGCAGUCAUCAAGACUCUGAUCGCUAGAUGUGCAGUCAGAGACAUUGACUGCCAGGCCAUCGCCCUCCAACUCAACGAAGCCUAUAACGGCCCCGAAGGCUUCGACAUUGAAAAAAUGCUCAAGUCCGACACUGACAACACAGCUACCAACGGCAACACCGCACCACCGCCAGAAGGCAUGCCCGCUCACAUCGCCGAAGAGCGCGCAAACCCACACACCAUCAAACUUCAAGGCUCGCUGCUAGCCCAAUGCAUGAUUCUUGUCCCUGGCGCCCUCAGCGCCCUAGUUCUCGAAAGCCUGGCUUCCCUCCCACCCACCACAUUGAAGAAAAUGGCCUCCGAUACCAUCAUCUGCCGUACCCUUCAAGCAGCAAUGACAUCCCACAACGCCUCUAUCAUCUCCCGCCGAAAACUAAUCCAGCAAUUCUUCGGGCACAUUGGUGAAAUGGCCUUGGAUUCCAAAGCCUCCCGCGUGGUUGACGCCAUCUGGGAAGGCACGCAUGGUCUGGCCUUCAUCCGUGAACGCAUCGCUGAAGAACUCAAUGAAAAUGAAGCCCAGCUCAGAGACAACCCCUGCGGACGCGCCGUAUGGAAGAACUGGAAAAUGGACUUGUACAAGCGCAGACGAGGCGAGUGGGUCAAGCAGUCCAAGAACAAGGCAUCCAACGACGGAUUCCAGAGUUUCUCAGAGCAACAACAAGCUGCCACGAAUGGUGCCGCUCAAGGAGGAGAAAAGAAAAGUGCUAUUCAAUUGGCUAGAGAAAGACAUGCGGCUAAUAAAGCAAAGACGCAGCAAGCGAGGGAAAAACAUGUUGCUGGUGGAAGUAGACCUAGUGGCGGCAGCUCGAACUCGAGUAAACAUGCUUCGGAGAUCGCAAUUGACCAACGAACACAGCUUCUCAACUCGAUCCAAGACCUGAUCAUCCCAUUCAUCCGCUCCGCAGACGAAGAUGCAGCAACAAAGCACACGGGCCACGGCCUCGCCAUCCAAGGCCAAGGACCCCGAACCGCCCUCGUCGAAUACCAUCCCCCGAACAAGCUAAAGUCGCUCUUCGAUGUGCAGCUUCCCGAGGCUGCUGCUGGCAAGAGUGGAUUACUCGACGUCGUGGAAAAGCUGCUCAAGUACAGUGUCAAUACUUGGGAUCAGGGCUUCAUGGAUAAACUGUAUGCCUCCACCAACGCGGUGGGUGUGGUGUCUGAAUUGCUGCUUGCGGUGUUGAACACGAAUCUGCAUGUCUAUCAGGUUUCUCCUGCUUUGACGAUUGUGGAAAAGACGACGAGUAAGGCAUUGGCAAAACUCUAUGGCUUUGGCGGCGCACAUGGCGGUGGUAUCUCUCAACCUGGUGGCUCGGCGAGCAAUGCGACAAGUAUUGCUAUUGCAAGAAACACGCUGCAUCCGGAAACCAAAACCGAUGGUAUCAACGGAAGACGGUUCACUCUGUUCACCUCUGCGCACGGCCAUUAUUCUUUAGAGAAAGCAGCACAGAUGUUUGGAUUUGGCUCUUCUGCUGUCAUUGGCGUCGCUGUCGACGAGCAAGGCCGCAUGCUCCCUUCUGCUCUCGACGAGGCAAUUCAAGCUUCAAAAGAUAAAGGCGAAGUCCCUUUCUACGUCAACGCCACUGCUGGAACCACUGUACUGGGCUCCUACGACCCCAUCGCUGCCAUCGCCGACGUCUGCGAGAAACACAAAGUCUGGCUUCACAUCGAUGGCUCCUGGGGUGGUCCUGUGAUCUUCUCUGCUGCUCACAAGCACAAAUUGCAGGGCAUCGAAAGAGCAGACUCGAUUGGCGUCACACCGCAUAAAAUGCUUUCGGUACCCAUGACUUGCUCGUUCUUGCUCGGAAAAGAUAUGAGACAGUUCCAGAGAGCAAUGACAUUACCCGCUGGUUAUCUCUUCCACAGCAACGAAGACGAAGACGCUUCCUCUGCAAACACCAACGCAACCUCUCCUCCCGAUGUCGAGCGCCCCGAAGCAGAAAUCUGGGAUCUGGCGGACCUAACGCCUCAAUGCGGUCGUCGCGGUGAUGCGCUCAAACUCGCCCUCUCAUGGAUCUAUCAUGGUUCCUCUGGCUUCGAGGCCUCCAUCGACUCUGCAUUUUCCGCUGCUGCUACGCUCGCAGACUUGGUCUCUUCGAACGCUGCGUUUACGCUGGUAUCAGAGAACCCGCCGCCGUGUUGGCAGGUGUGCUUUUACUACAACAAGCAGGCAGACAAGGAGAAGAAUUCGAAGACUACAGAGACGAUUGCGAAGAAGUUAAUCCCGAGAGGCUUCAUGGUGGAUUAUGCGCCGGGCGAAGUUGGCAAGUUCUUCCGCGUUGUGGUCAAUCCUGCUACGAGGAAGGGUACGCUGGAGGGAUUGGUCAAGGCUAUCGAGGAGAUUGGUGGUGAGACUCAGGUAUAG